UGCAACUCCCUCCACACAUUCUCACUGCCUUAUCUCUCACCUAGAUUUUCCUUUCUCUUUUUUUCACCUUCCAAACAAAACAACCACCACACACACCAUCUCCAAUUUUUUCCAGUUACACUUCCAUUGCCACCACCACCACCAUUACCACCAUGUUCACAGCUUCCAAACUAGCCUUCACUUUAACAUCACCACGUUCAUGCACUCCACCUACACCAACCCCCCUAAUUCCACUCUCUUCUUCUUCUUUUACUUCUUCUCGUUUCAACCUCAUUCAGUUCAAUGGCCGCCAAUUAUGCCUCCGCCGGAGACUGUUUCUACUUUCCCCUAAAGCCACUGCAGAUCAACAAGGAAAGGUUGAAGAAUUUGAAGAAGGUGCUGUUGAUAGCAAAAUCCUCCCAUAUUGUAGCAUAGAUAAAAAAGAUAAAAAAUCAGUUGGUGAAAUGGAGCAAGAUUUUCUUCAAGCACUACAAUCAUUUUAUUAUGAGGGAAAGGCUAUCAUGUCGAAUGAAGAAUUUGAUAAUCUCAAGGAAGAGCUCAUGUGGGAAGGAAGCAGCGUUGUCAUGCUAAGUUCGGAUGAACAAAAAUUUCUGGAAGCUUCUAUGGCUUAUGUAUCUGGAAAACCAAUUCUGAGUGACAAAGAGUAUGAUGACUUGAAGAUGAGGCUAAAGAUGAAUGGGAGUGAAAUUGUUGUAGAGGGUCCAAGGUGCAGUCUUCGUAGUAGAAAGGUUUACAGUGACCUGUCUGUUGACUACUUAAAGAUGUUCUUGCUGAACGUUCCAGCCACUGUGAUUGCAUUAGGAUUGUUCUUCUUCCUUGAUGAUCUGACUGGAUUUGAAAUCACAUAUCUGUUAGAGCUGCCGGAGCCUUUUAGUUUCAUUUUCACUUGGUUUGCUGCUGUUCCCCUCAUUGUGUGGCUAGCUCUGACAAUAACAAACGUCAUUAUAAAGGAUUUUUUGAUUUUAAAGGGUCCAUGUCCAAACUGUGGUACUGAGAACACCUCCUUCUUUGGGACUAUACUAUCAAUUGCAAGUGGUGGUUCUAGCAAUAAAGUCAAAUGCUCUAACUGUGGCACUGAAAUGGUAUACGAUUCAGCUACAAGAUUGAUUACAUUGCCAGAAGGAAGUAACGCCUAAGUGGAGUACAUGCCUACAGGUAUGCCUCGAAACACAGUCAUUGUCCAGCAAUGGGAGAUCAUUCAUAGGAGUUUCUUGUGAAGGAGACCAAUUUUAUCAAUAAGCAAAGUGUCAUUUGUGAUGUCAUGUUAUCACUGUCACACAUAAUUGGUGUGAUCUCAACCGUUUGUAUGUGCCAGUAUCCUACUUGUAAGUAUAUGUGGCUUUGUAUACUUGUAAGUAAUAUGGACUCUGUAUAGCAUACACUGGAAUGUUUACCGGUAGAGUUAAUUAUGAGGGUGCUUAACACCAUAA